AUGCAAAGUCAAAAAUCUGAAAGAUCUUAUCAAGAUCUUCUUUCUGCAAAUGAAUCAGAAUUUUUAAAUACAUAUUUUUUGCAUUUGAUAGGAGAUACAAUUCCUCAAUUUGUUUGCUAAUCAGAAUUAGUUAUGAGACAUAAAUUUGGAGCAAAAAUAGACAUCCAAAAACUAUAUUAAUAGAAGCGAAGUUUACAUAUAAAGCCUAAUAAAUAUAUGUUUUGUAAAUGCGACUUCAAACUUGAAAGUGUUGUGCAAUAAUUGCGAAAUUAAAUUUAAAAAUAUGAUUUUGAAGAAAAUGAAGAGUAUUUAAUGUAAAUUGAUUUAGAAAGAAAUCACCUUCAACAAGAAGGAAACUUUAUCAAUCUGUCUUACUGACAUCAUCAUUUUCAGAUGAUAUUCCAAUUUGUUAAAUAAAUUCUUGGAUUAUUUUAAAUGAUAUAAAAUUGGAAUUGAAAAAAGGAGAUAUAUUAUUAUUUAUUGUAAAAAUUAAGGCUAAUUCUUACAAUCUUAAUGGAUUAUAGACUUUAAUACAGAAUGAAAUUUAAUAAACAAAAGUACUAAUUAAAUAAAUAAGAGAUAUAAACAAGUGAUUACUUUGCACAAUAUAAGCCAAAUAUAUAUCCAAUACUAAUAAUAAAUGCAGACAUAAAUUAUCCUUAUUAAAAACUGGACUGUCAAGCCUAUUAUGUAGGUAAACAGAAUCUAAUGUACCAUUUCUUUUAAGAGUUAAGGAUAUAAGAUGUUGAGGCUAUAACAGAAGAUGUAAUCAAUUUGAUGUAAUAAUAAUAUAGUUGAUUUCAAAAUAUAAUAUAAAUAGAAUGAGUUAGGCAAGAAUUUUGGCUUAGAGAGAAGUAUUAGAACAUUAGAGGCUUGAGAAGAAAGUUGAUAGAUUUAAAAUAACUACUUUUGGAGUAGCAUUAGCUUUAGGGUUAAUGUACUUAUUAAAGAAAAAAAUUAUUAAAUGAGUUUAUUUAUAAAAUGAAUGAAAAAGACACUCUAAGUUUAUUACUUACUAAAAGAGAAAGAAUGGCUCAGAUGCAUUCUUAAUAAAGUAAGUUUUCAUAUUCUUAACAAAGUACGGAAUAAGAUUUUUGAAGUCAAAAGAAAACAGUUCGUAAGAUAAAGAAGUGUAUAAGAAAUAUCAAAAAUGUUAUAAGACUCUUAAUUUUUGAAUGAAGGAUUUAUAUCUUUAUUGAAUUUAUUGGAAGAAGAUCAGGAUGACAUUAAUUUUGCAUAUUUAUUGUAUUAUUGGGGUAUUUUGGAUGAUUUGGUUGAAGUGUUACAUAAUUAUAUGUAAUUAACAGAAUAGCAAUUGGUAUCUGUUUUAAAUAAUAAGAAUAGAUAGAUUUGACUAAAAUGAUUGCUUUUAUAGUAGUGAGUAAAGAUGCAAGUCAUUAUUUCAUAAAUACAAAGGCACCAUAAAUAUUAGAAAUAUUAUUAGCAAAUCAUAACAAUUUAUUAAUAAUUGAACAUGUAAUUAAUAUCAAUAUUAAAGAGUAUUUUAAUAAUUGGUAAUCUUGAGAAAUAUGAAUUAAAUAAUUAUUUCUUAAAUACUGUUAUUCCAAGACUUAAAAAUUAUUUAAUUAAUUUGAAUCCUCUUCCAGUAUAAUGUUUAGUAAAUUUCAGUUGGAUGAUCAAGAAUCGUAGAUUACCAUAAUAGGAAGAGAUUUAGAAAGAGUUAAUUUUGUUAUAAAAUGAAGAAAUAUUACAUGAAGCAAUUUAAUAUUUAGAAGUUUUAAAUAUUGAUGCAAAUUUGAUGGGUUAUUUAAUAAUGAAUGUUGAUCUAAUAAAUGAUGUAUAAUAAGUCUAACCUUAAUUAUUACUCGAUUUGAUUUAUUAAAAUUUAAAUAAAGAAAAUGCUAUAAAAGAAAUUACAAUUUUACUUAAUAAAUGUAUGUAAAUGGGUAAACUUAUGAUACUUUAAAGUGCUUUUAAAUUAGCUCAAAAUUAUAUGAUUUAAUCUGGUCUACCAUAUUUUAAUGAAAUAGUGGAAAAAAAGGUUAUAUAAUUAUUAAUAAUAUUUGAUCAAGAUAACAAAAAACAUCCAGGAUUAUUAAGAUCUAUGAUGUAAUAUUUAGAAACAUUCCACAUCAUGUAUCCAGAAAGUAGAUUCUCAGUAGAAUUUUACACGAGAUUAUUAGACACAAUAUAAUUAAGCCAUUUAAGAUUAUUAUCUAUUGUAAUGACUAGAAAUUCAGAGUUCAUUCAAAAUAUUGCCAAUAUUGGAGUUCAUAAAAAGAAAUUAUAAGAUCUUGCCAAUAAGAACCAUGAAGCAAAAGAAAUAUUAAAAAUAAUAUAUUUGUGAU